ACAUAUAUUCUCCAUGUGAAGAUCUAUGCUCAUAUAUAUGUUACUUAUGUAUAUUUGAUAACUGUUGCUGUAAUCAUCGUAUAAAAAUUAUUUAAAAUAUUUUUUAUCAUUAUAUACUAUACUAUAUAUUAAACUACGACUAAGAAACUAGAAUAAUUAAGUUAUAGAAUUAUUUAAAAUCAUUGUUAAAAUGAACAAAUUAAUUUUUCUGAUUGUUAUUUUGUUAACUUUAUUAAUUAAUCAAGGAGAAAGCUUAUAUUGUUAUCGCUGUGAUAGCAAUCAUCCUGGGUGUGGCACACCUUUGAAUUGGUUAUGGUAUUGGGGAGAAACAUGUCCAGAAUAUGAUGAUAAAUGUGUAAAAAUUAUUGAAAGAAAAGGAGCUGAAACCAUGAUAACACGUGAUUGUUUAAGUUCUGUUCGUAGUUUUAGAACAGAUAUUCCAGCUGAUCGGUAUGAAGGUUGUCGACCAGCUGCAAAAGAUGUCAGAUUAGGACAUUAUGUAAAUAAUUCUAUUUGGCAAUUAGAUAUUCAUAGAGAUUAUUAUGAUGAAGUAACAUGGUGUUUCUGUUAUUUUGAUCAUAGAUGUAAUAGUUCUAAUAAUAUUAAUAUUUCAAUACUAUUGUUAUUUAUAGGUAUUGGAAUACAAUUUGCAGUAUAAAACAUUUAUCAGAUAUUAAAUAUUAAAUAUAAAUAUUUAAUAUUUAAUAUUACAUAGAUAUUAUCAAAGAUUUUUUUUAUGAAAUUGAAUUAAGUGCAUUUACUUAUAUUAGUACCUGCAUGCAGUUAAAUUUUGAUACAACUUAAUAUUUGUAAUUUUUGUAUAUAGUGUAAAUAAGCAUUUAAAAAUGAAAAAUAUCAAUUUUUACAUAAAAUUCAAUGAUAAUCAUAAAAUCAACAAAAAAUUUGAUAUUAAUGUUUUAAAUUUGAUAUUUAUGUUUCUAUCUUUAAAAGUUUUUCUAUAUACUAUACAAAAAAAUACAUUUAGCUUCAAAUAAAUUCAUAAUAUAGUAAAAAUAACAUAAUAUAAAAUCUAUUUUAGAUAUACAAUAUCUAAUUGUAUCAUAUUUAUUCCGUCCAUAAGAAUCUUUUUAUAAAUUAAAAGAAAUUAUAUUAUUUUUAUAUGAAGUAAUAUUAUAUUAAAACAUUAAACAAUACUGAAGAAAACAUAUUGAUCUAUUGUAUUGAAAAAUUAAAACUAAAUUGCUUAAUUUAUAUAUAACAUAUAUUACUAAAUUUUGUUUUUCAUUAGCCAAUAAGUAUAAAUAUUUUUAAAUCUCUUUUUAAUAGAUAUAUAUUAAAAUUCCGUCCAUUGUUAAACAAAAAAAUAAUUUUUUAAAUUUAUUAAAUAUUAAAUGUUAAUUUUUAUAUGUAUAAUCCAAUAAAAAUAUUAUCUUAAAA